GCUCCCAGCAGUGCGGCUCAGGGCGGCUGCUCUGCCAGCGCCACCGGGUGGGAGGGUCCAGUUGCAGACCCCAGUGGCAGGGCUUUCUGAGUUAUGACUGAUACUGGCUUUUUCCUUUUUCAAAAAUUAACUUCUCUUCUUUGGGAAAACAAUUUUAAGCCCUGGAAGGACUAUUUUUAGAAUUUUCCUUAUUGAACAACAGGCCCAUUGGGGUGAGGACUGUCUGGCCGGGUUGCGUAAACUGUCUUUGGUAACUAAGCUUCAAACUACGCUGGGCCAUUCUGGUUUUUAGACAUAAGGUGGCCCAUGGUGGCCCUGUUUUGUGGUGAGGUCUGUCUGCCAUAAGCAAGGUGGUGGCCUCUUUGGUUAAUCUGGCCACCAGGAGAGUCAGACUGAUGGUGGGAACUCCAGGACUUUGCUGUCUUUCAAACCUUUGCAAAUGAUUGUUUUCCUGUCUGCUGUCUUUCCCAUCUGAAAAAUUGAGGCUGUCCCUGUCACCUUUGCAGUUGCCGAGGCUGGAAUAAAGCAACGAUUCGGAAAAUGUUUGAAGUCUUGGGGAGAAGGCAUGGCCUAAACCCAGGGUAGUGCUAAAGUCUGCACAGCAUGAAGGAAAUCACCAUCAUCUUCCCCGGUGAGCGUCAGCCGGUCCGUUAUUCCCCCACUCUGUAGCGAACCCUGUCUGAAGGACGCAGCGAGCAGCGCAUCUGCUGGGUGUGCAUCAUGUUGCAUUAAUGCUGUGGUCUGUGUGGACUUCCGUGAGGUUUGGGCUGCGUCAUUCAGAAAGCCGAUUCUCACUAAGCCACACACCUGUUUCUUUCAAACCUGAGCGUGCUUUCAGGGGAGAUUCACAUUUUUCUGGACAGUGUGGGGAAGGAAGUUGUAGAACAGCCCUCAUUUAUGACCGAAGACGUAAGAGUCUGAACCCUUGAACUUCUGAAGAACAAACCAAACUGUGGCAGAGCCGUACUCGAGAAUGAACAAUCCGUCAGAAAACGGUAAAGCGUCUCUGGAGAGUGGGGACAGCAGCACAGGCACACAAACAAACGGUCUGGACUUCCAGAAGCAGCCGGUGCCCGUCGGAGGCGCAAUCUCCACAGCCCAGGCCCAGGCUUUCUUCGGACACCUCCACCAGGUCCAGCUCGCUGGGACAGGUUUACAGGCUGCAGCCCAGUCUCUAAAUGUGCAGUCUAAGUCCAGUGAGGAGGCGGGGGACGCCCAGCAGCCCAGCCAGCCCUCCCCGCAGCCGUCAGUGCCGGCGGCCCUCCCCCAGACCCAGCUCAUGCUGGCCGGAGGGCAGAUCACUGGGCUCGCUCUAACGCCGGCCCAGCAACAGCUGCUUCUGCAGCAGGCCCAGGCCCAGGCCCAGCUGCUGGCCGCCGCCGUGCAGCAGCACUCUGCCAGCCAGCAGCACAGCGCCGCGGGGGCCACCAUCUCCGCCUCCGCCGCCACGCCCAUGACGCAGAUCCCCCUGUCUCAGCCCAUACAGAUUGCACAGGACUUGCAGCAGCUCCAGCAGCUCCAGCAGCAGAACCUCAACCUGCAGCAGUUCGUGCUGGUGCACCCGACCACCAACCUGCAGCCCGCACAGUUCAUCAUCUCCCAGACGCCCCAGGGCCAGCAGGGUCUCCUGCAAGCGCAGAACCUUUUAACGCAACUACCUCAGCAAAGCCAAGCCAACCUCCUGCAGUCGCAGCCCGGCAUCGCGCUCACCUCCCAGCCAGCAACCCCGACACGCACAAUAGCUGCGACUCCGAUUCAGACACUUCCACAGAGCCAGGCGACACCAAAGCGCAUCGACACUCCCAGCUUGGAGGAGCCCAGUGACCUGGAGGAGCUUGAGCAGUUUGCCAAGACCUUCAAACAAAGACGAAUCAAACUGGGAUUCACUCAGGGCGACGUUGGGCUCGCUAUGGGCAAACUGUACGGGAAUGACUUCAGCCAGACCACCAUCUCACGCUUCGAAGCCUUGAACCUCAGCUUUAAGAACAUGUGCAAGUUAAAGCCUCUCUUGGAGAAGUGGCUCAACGAUGCAGAGAACCUCUCGUCCGAUUCAGCCCUCUCCAGCCCUAGUGCCCUGAGUUCUCCGGGGCAGGGGAUUGAGGGCUUGAACCGCCGGAGGAAGAAGCGCACCAGCAUAGAGACCAACAUUCGAGUGGCCUUAGAGAAGAGCUUCCUGGAGAAUCAAAAGCCUACCUCGGAGGAGAUCACCAUGAUCGCCGAGCAGCUCAACAUGGAGAAGGAGGUGAUCCGCGUGUGGUUUUGUAACCGCCGCCAGAAGGAGAAGCGGAUCAACCCGCCCAGCAGCAGCGGGACCAGCAGCUCGCCCAUCAAGGCGGUUUUCCCCAGCCCGACCUCACUGGUGGCGACCCCACCAAGCCUUGUGACCAGCAGCGCAGCCACCACCCUCGCUGUGAGCCCCGUCCUCCCUCUGACCAGCGCCGCGGUGACCAGCCUCUCCGUCCCAGGCACCACCGACGCCUCCGCCAACAGCACAGCGCCAGCGACUGUGAUUUCUACUGCCCCCGCAGCCGCCCCCGCCGCCACGCCCCCCUGUCUGAGCCCCUCCCCAUCGGCCUCCGCCUCGGCCUCUGAGGCCUCCAGCGCCGGUGAGACCAGCACGACGCAGACUGCCUCCACCCCUCUGCCCUCUGCCCUCGGGACAGGCCAGGUGACCGUGACGGCGGCAGGACUCCAGACAGCCACAGCCACCGCCCUGCCCGGAGCCGCGCAGCUGCCAGCCAAUGCCAGCCUCGCCGCCAUGGCCGCCGCCGCGGGGCUGAGCCCAGGCCUCAUGGCCCCGUCGCAGUUCGCAGCUGGAGGUGCCUUACUCAGCCUCAACCCAGGGACCCUGGGCGGCGCGCUCAGCCCGGCUCUGAUGAGCAACAGCACACUGGCGACUAUUCAAGAACCUCUCUCUGCUCACCAGCAACCCCGUCAGCCUGGUCUCCGCCGCCGCAGCCUCUGCGGGGAGCUCUGCGCCUGUUGCCAGCCUUCACGCCGCCUCCACCUCCACCGAGUCCAUCCAGAACUCUCUCUUCACAGUGGCCUCUGCCAGCGGGGCCGCGUCCACCACCACCACCGCCUCCAAGGCGCAGUGAGCGGCUGCCGCCCGCCUCUUCCACACGCAGCGCGACCGGGCGCCAGCCGGGCCCCUCUGGCUUCGGAGAGAGGGCGAGGGAAAGAGGAGGAGGAGAGACACCUGCCGGAAGAAGAGGAUGGAGGCCCGAAGCGUUUGCCUAAUUUUGUAAUAAAACACUGUCUUUUCAGGAUUGCUUCAUGGAUCGGAGAACUUUCUAACGAAAAAUUAAAAAAAAAAAAAGCAGAAACAAAAAAAUCAAAAACAAACAAAAAAUAAGUGAAAGGACUACUCACUACUUAUCAUUUGCAGCAGCCAGGACAGCAGAGAAGGUGGGUUACCAUUCCAGUGUAGGAAGGGGUUUUUGUUUGUCUAAGUUCCUUUUUUUCUUUAAAAAAAAAUCAUUUUUAUGGGUCUGUUGUAUAGGCCAUUAAGUCCUAACAAGGUGUUUAUAAUAGUAUCGAUUGCGUUGGGGGUCCCUUUCUUAACUGGUACAACUUAGGCCUGUGUUACUGUAUCUCUACUAUUACUGUUGUGGUGGUUUCUGUGUGUAUAUAGUUUGGAUGUGUUUGUCUCUCGCUCCUGGAUCCUGUGUCAGUGAGCCCCCCCGCUGUGGGGAGGGGCUGUGGGGUCGAGGGGGCUUGUGUUCUCAGCUGCGGAACGUUCUUGCUGGUUUCCUUGCCCCCUAUGACUCUUACAGAGGUCCUGGGACGUUAUUUUCUUUUGCCACUUAUGCAAGAGGCUCGGCAUGUGCGGACGCCCCACUGCCCGCGCCCCUGUUGGGUGGUGCCUUUGGAGCACUCUGUGUGGGAAGGGGCUCCUGCUGGACUGUGGCUCUCGGAUCUUGAAGGACCCCAGGCCGGGGCCCCGGGUGCACCAGUGCCGCUCCCGCCUCCUGCGGGGCACAGGUGCCGGUGGGACGCGCCCACGGGCAAAGACUACUGCAGACACCUGACCAGGUGGCUCUCCCGACUUCCCGUCUCCUGAGAAGUGCUCCUGCUGUUGCUGUGUGUGUGUCUGUCCCACUGUGUGGAAGGGGUCCGCGCGGACCGCCCUGACCGGCCUGGCCCGGGUGAACGGACGUUCCGAGACUGGGACGUGCCUCCCUCCUCUGUUUUCUGGAGGAGCCCUGCUGGACUGUCCUCCCUUGGUGACUGAUCUCCAGGAGGGCUGGUGAGCAGGUCCGAGGUCGCUGCCCCUUCUCCUCUGGCCACAGACUUCCUGUUCCUAGAUCUACAAGGCAGCUUGUAGGUCUGUGCCCCUGAGACGGUCCUUGUCCUCUGACGGACUAGGCAUGUGCUGGCCGCUGUGGGUCUCAGAGCCUCUGCGGGGCUCUGGGCAGGGACUCCGCAUGCCCUGUGGGGGUUGCCGCGGGGCUCGCCUGGGUGGGUCAGUGACGCCCUGUGAGGCGGGUCUAACAUCAGUGAGGUUUCUGGGCAGGCAGGGGCGGGGGUGGCGAGCUGGUGGCACCGUUUGCAGGUGUUUCUGGGCUGUGUGACUGAGCCCCAGAAAAGGAAGGGUUCAUGCGGCAGGUGAAGAGGGGCGAGGGUGAAGGGGAGUCGGAGCCUUUCCCACCCCUGUCCUGUCCUAAGUGUAGCGUCUGCCCCAGAACCACAGGGUGCGGUCGCCUCUCCGACUCAGGCGAGCCCCGGCCGGCCAGCGUCCAAGGUGCUCGCUGACCUCACCCGUCUGAGCCCGCACUGCCCGAGUUCCAGCCACGGGCUGCGGGCUUGCAGGUCACUCCGUUCAGGUCGCUGGGCCGUGGAGGGGAGAGCGGGGUUCUGGGCACUCGGGUCUCCUUGCCGUGGGGAGGGGCGCGGCAAGCAGUCACGUGUGCGUGUGUGUUUUCUAUCGUCCAGGUCGGCAGUGGCUGCAGUUCGAAGGCCAGAAACACUUUGGUCCCCCCUCGGUCUUUUGUUGCUCCGUCUUCCUGUCGUGCUUCGCUAAGCUCACCCCCCCACCCACCCACCCGCAGGCGCCUCCCGGGUCAGCGGCCCGCAGGCUGGGUGACCAGCAGACGUCCACCUGCCUUCUCGACGUGCGGUGUGUUUUAUGUUGUGUUUUUUUAACUAAGCUUGAACCAAAGCCAAUUUUAGCUGCUGUACUGAUGGACUAGUUCAUGUCGUGCGGUUCAGACCCAUCGAGGAGUUAGAUGCUACUGACAAUUUCUUUUUCAUUGUCCUUAUUAAUUUUAUGUAAAAGUUGCUGCUUCUUUUAAUCUUUUAUGUUGGUAAAUUGUACUAUCCUCUGGGCAGACGUGAACUUGAGUUCUCGCUAGUUUAGUUCGUGUGGUGUGUGAACCGAACGACAGUGUCAGUGACACACUUUUCUCCCACGCCCGCUGCCCCCGACGCGGUUCAGCGUGGGCCUCCUCCUGAGCAGUCCGGGCCCGUGGCUGUAGCACUGUCGGCCCUCCCGCCGCUGCCUGUGGGGGGCUCUCUGGAGGGGGGCAGGUGCAGAGGCAGUGUUCAGGGAGGGGGUGCGGGUGCCCCCAAUACUGGGUCAGAGGCGAUAGCAUUAAUCUCCCAAAGUGGCUACCAAAGGAAGAAUUGAGUCCUGAGGGACUGAAGCC